CACACACACACACACACACACACACACACACACACGCACAAAAAUUAGAUCUUCUGACUGGUGCGCUGACCAUUCACCCAUCCUCAACUCCAACAGCCACAUGGCUCAUCAAGGACAACAUCACAAAUUACUUAACUGUCCUGAGGAAAAUGAUGAGACACAGAGUGAGGAAUUCCAUUCUGGACUUCCCCUAGCUUCAAAGACCUCUCUCGAUCACUCCAUUCCCCUCAGCAGGGUGGUGGAAGGACAGACAUUUAGCCACCAACACAACCCUAUGAGCCCCAGUCUUACCCAGUCCUGUGUAAAAUUGAUCCAGAAUGAUCAAUUAACCAGACCAUGCCAGCAGGUGUUCUACCCCAACCGGGUUGAUACUGACAGAAGAGAUCAGAGAGCUCACCCCUUCUACCAUAGCAGAAGUCUUGGAGGAGGUCAAACGAGCAGUCUACCAUCGUAUUUGCCCUCUACUGAAAACCAGACUUACCUGGGGGCCGGUUGUGUUUUUCCCAGUUGGCAUCAUUUCCAUCCAGGUACACACAGCCUCAGCCUUAACAGUCUGGAUCAGCCUGGCUCUCUGCACUCUUUUCACGCAACUGGAUCUACCGUACACACCAGUCAGGUGAUGCCACUCCAUGGCCUCCACAGUGGGUACUAUGGUCCAGUUCCAAUCCAAGUAAACCCUCAGGAUCAUCUCAUCCCCAGGCCUGGAUAUCAGCCACCCAACAGACUCAAAGAUCCUGAGCUAUUAGGAUACACAGAUCCGGGUAGCAAUAAGAACACUGCCGUUUCUUUUCGACCUGGACAGAAAAGUGUCCGCAGCACACAGCUUUCUCAGGAACAGAGUGAGUGUCUUAACAAAAAAGUGUUUGUCACAUAUGAGGUAGACAGCGAAGAUCAUCUUAAAGAGGUCAUCAAGUUUGUGGCCUUAUUGAGGAACAACGGCUUUGACAUGCACAUUGAUGUUUUUGAACAGCAGCUCUACAGCAUCAGUAAGAUCGACUGCAUGGAAAGAUAUCUCAAUGAGAAAGAUUACCUGAUUAUCAUGGUCAUUAGUCUGAAGUAUUUUGAGACAGUAACAGGUGCUGGCGUAGGUGUGGACUGUGAUGAGAGAACCUCAAACACUGUGUACAUCCACAAGCAGCUUCAGAGUGAAUUCAUUCAGAAUGGCUGCAGGAACUUCAGGGUUAUUCCUGUACUUUUUCCUGGGGCUAAAAAGAGCUACGUUCCCUUUUGGCUACAGAACACACACCUGUACAGCUGGCCCAGGGAUCGGGAUGAUAUUCUGCGCCGGCUCAUGCAGGUGGAGAAGUACAACCCCCCACCUGUCGGCUCACUGCCCACCAUCUUCUCCAUGCCUAUCUAACAACAGUGCAGCAGUAUCUUAGAACUAAAAUAUGGCCAGCUGUAUGAUGGGACAUGCACAGUCAGUAUACAGGUGCAUCUCAAAAAAUUAGAAUAUGGUGGAAAAGUUAGGUUUUUUUCUGUAAUUUAAUUCACAAAGUGGAAAUUUUAUAUAUUCUAGAUUCAUUACACGUAAAGUGAAAUAUUUCAAGCCUUUUGUUUUGUUUUGUUUUAAUCUUGAUGAUUAAGGCUUAUAACUCCCAGAAAUAAAAAAUCCAGUACCUCAAAAUAUUAGAAGAAAGAAUUUAUAAUACAGAAAUGUCGACCUGAGAAGCGCUAAUAAACUCAAAACACGUGCAAAAGUUUCCUGAGCCUUUAAUCUCUCAGUCUGGUUCAGUACACACAACCACAAUCAUGAGGAAAAUGAAAGCAAAUGUUGCAUUUCAUUUGGAAAUCAAGGUCCCAGAGUCUGGAGUAAGAGUGGAGAGGAACAGAAUCCAAGUUGCUUGAAGUCCAGUGUGAAGUUUCCACAGUCAGUGAUGAUUUGGGGUGCCAUGUCAUCUGCUGGUGUUGGUCCACUGUGUUUUCUCAAGUCGAGAGUCAAUACAGCGUCUACCAGGAGAUUUUAGAGCACU